UUGACCCGUCGACAUAACACAGACACAGCUACGCUUUCUGCUAGCUGGUCCGCUAGCCACUUUAGUAUCAUCAGUCACUUCACCAAAUAUUUCUUUCAAGCUAGAGGUGUUGGCAAGUCGGCAUUUCUGGCUGUGGACUAAAAUCUAUUCAAUACCCAUCCCGAUGGAGAUGCGGGUGAGCAGAACUCAUGCCGAUUGCAGGGUUCAUAGAGAGUGGGAUAUCCACCAACUGCAGCACCAGACAUUGGAGUACAGAUAACACCACUGACGUUUGUGGAGGAGUAGAAGAGCUUGUCUUGUUACGCUGAGGUAGUCCGCCUUAUUCACACACUCGACCACCAUGAUCCCCAUCACUGAGCUGCGUUACUUUGUGGACACCCAGCCUGCGUACCGCAUCCUGAAGCCAUGGUGGGACGUCUUCACCGACUACAUCUCCAUAGUCAUGCUGAUGAUCUCAGUGUUCGGGGGCACACUGCAGGUCACCCAGGACAAGAUGAUUUGCCUGCCCUGCAAGUGGGUGGUCAAUCAGACCUGCAGAAGUUAUUUCAACUCCACCCUCUCGGCCCCGCUGAUCCUGGAGCCCAAGGGCAUCCAGUACGACCUGGACCGACACCAGUACAAUUACGUGGAUGCUGUGUGCUAUGAAAACAGGUUGCAUUGGUUCGCCAAGUACUUUCCCUACCUGGUGCUACUGCAUACACUCAUAUUCCUGGCUUGCAGCAACUUUUGGUUCAAGUUCCCCCGGACCAGUUCAAAGCUGGAACACUUUGUGUCCAUCCUCCUGAAGUGCUUCGACUCGCCGUGGACCACAAGGGCACUGUCAGAGACGGUGGUGGAGGAGAGCGAUCCCAAACCGAUGAAGAUGAACGGCUCCAUGGACAAAAAGGCGUCCGUCAUCAGCGAGGACGUGGAGGCGAGCGUCCCCAUGCUGCAGAGGACCAAGUCCCGCUUUGAGCAGGGCAUCGUGGAUCGCACCGACACCGGUGUGCUGGACAAGAAGGAGGGGGAGCAGGCGAAGGCCUUGUUUGAGAAGGUCAAGAAGUUCCGCAUACACGUCGAGGAGGGGGACAUAGUCUACAGACUCUACAUCCGACAGACUAUUAUAAAAGUCAUCAAGUUCAUCUUGAUCAUCUGCUAUUCAGGGUACUACGUGCACAAAAUUCAGUUCAGUGUCGACUGUCACGUGGACAUCGAGAGUCUGACAGGCUACAGCAUGUACCGCUGUGCCCAUCCCCUGGCGACCCUGUUCAAAAUCCUGGCCUGCUUCUACAUCAGCUUGGUAGGCGUCUACGGCCUCAUCUGUAUGUACACCCUGUGCUGGAUGCUACGUCGCUCGCUGAAGAAAUACUCCUUCGAGUCAAUCCGGGAGGAGAGCAGUUACAGCGAUAUCCCCGACGUGAAGAACGACUUUGCCUUCAUGCUGCACAUGAUCGACCAGUACGACCCGCUCUACUCGAAGCGCUUUGCCGUCUUCCUCUCCGAGGUGAGCGAGAACAAGCUGCGGCAGCUCAACCUGAACAACGAGUGGACGCUGGACAAACUGCGCCAGAGGAUCACCAAGAACUCCCAGGAGAAGCUGGAGCUGCACCUCUUCAUGCUCAGCGGGAUCCCGGACACGGUCUUCGACCUGAUGGAGCUGGAGGUCCUGAAGCUGGAGCUCAUCCCGGACAUCACCAUCCCCCCCAUCAUCGCCCAGCUGGUCAACCUCCGAGAGCUGUGGCUGUACCACACACCGGCCAAAAUAGAAGCGCCGGCUCUGGCCUUCCUGCGCGAGAACUUGAAAUCCCUUCACGUCAAGUUCACGGACAUCAAGGAGAUCCCGUUGUGGAUCUACAGCCUGAAGAACCUGAGCGAGCUGCACCUCACCGGGAACCUCAGCGCAGAGAACAACCGCUACAUCGUCAUCGACGGGCUACGGGAGCUCAAGAGGCUCAAGAUCCUCCGGCUGAAGAGCAACCUGACCAAGCUACCUCAGGUGGUGACCGACGUGGGCGUCCACCUCCAGAAGCUGUCCGUCAACAACGAGGGCACCAAGCUGAUGGUCCUCAACAGCCUGAAGAAGAUGGUGAACCUGACGGAGCUGGAGUUGAUCCGCUGCGACCUCGAACGCAUCCCCCACUCCAUCUUCAGCCUCCACAACCUGCAGGAGAUCGACCUGAAGGACAACAACCUGAAGACCAUCGAGGAGAUCAUCAGCUUCCAGCAUCUCCACCGGCUGGUCUGCCUUAAGCUCUGGUACAACCAGAUCGCCUACAUCCCCAUCCAGAUCGGCACUUUGACCAACAUGGAGAGGUUGUACCUGAACAGGAACAAGAUCGAAAAGAUCCCGAGCCAGUUGUUCUACUGCCGCAAGCUGCGCUUCCUGGACCUCAGCCACAACAACCUGACCUGCAUCCCUACAGACAUCGGAUUCCUGCAGAACCUCCAGUAUCUGGCAGUGACAGCCAACAGAAUUGAGACCUUGCCCAACGAGUUGUUCCAGUGCAAGAAGCUCCGUACCCUCAACCUGGGGAACAACUGCCUGCAGACCCUGCCGUCGCGCUUCGGGGAGCUGACCAGCCUGACCCAGCUGGAGCUCCGGGGGAACCGUCUGGAGUGCCUCCCCGUGGAGCUGGGCGAGUGCAAGCAGCUGAAGAGAACAGGUCUGGUGGUGGAGGAGGAGCUCUUCAACACCCUGCCCACGGAGGUCAAGGAGCUGAUGUGGAAGGUGGACAAGGAACAGGCCAGAACAGACUGAGACUGGCUGGUUGGGCCUGGUGCCCUGGGGGGGUGGAGGAGGUGACCAGCCCUCCUGCUGAGUCAGGGUCAGGACACGAUGGCUUGCUGGGGGGUGGUGGGGUGGGGGGUCUGCAAAUGUCACAAUGCCAUUUUUCUUUCCUUCUUUUUUUUUUUUAAACGUCUGUCUUGCAAGACAGUUAUUAAACUCACUGAGAGACAGAGAUCAAUUCAGGAUUAGCUUUGAAUAAACUUUUCUCACAUUGUCAGGAGGAUGACAGCAGAGGAGGUCAGUAAAAGUAAUAUCAAUGAAGUUCAAUGGAGGAGAGUAGCGGUCAAUGCAUCUCUGCUGAUGGACUGUGUCACGAGCACAGGUGUCAGAUGAGUAAAUAACCCUGCGGAGUCACAACCCACUCAUCCAGUGUGGUAGGUCACUGUAGCAGUGAAGGGUUUGACCUAGCAGUAGAAAUAUGUGUGCCAUGAGAUGGCGACCACUGUCAGCCAGCACAGGAUGGGACCCUCCCGUUAAAACAGACUCUCCAAGGCUGCACUCUUGUGCUCAUUAUAGUACUAUGUGCAGAUGGCAACAUUAUGAAUUCAAGUGAGACAUACACUAGGGUAUUUCUUAGCUCUAAUUAGGCCUAGAUGUAAAGACAAAAUAUUUUACAAUGCUCAUUGCUUGAAAUUUGAGUUGACCUCAUUUGCACAGGAAUGCAACAUGAUACAAUUGAUUUUGACUGGUGUGAAGCACCUAUGGAACUUCAUUGUUCUCUGUAGUGAACAAUACUUGAGGGUUUUUAACGGACGGGUAAAUUGGCAGCAAUGUGCGACGGCCCAUUGGAUCAGCAGCAGCGGAUCUUUUCAGCUGAAGGUCAGUUCCACACAGGAGAGUCCUUAGGAGUGGUGGAAUGACUGUUGAAGGGGAUUUCAAGGCACUUAAUUUCCUUACGAGAGGCAUGGUGUCACUUCGAGUGGCCGACAGAUAUCGGGUAGAUUUGCCUUAACCCUAACCUGUUUUUACGUGUCUUUGUUGGUAAUAUUUGUUAUUACACAAUUAUCAGUUCAAAUUCAACUCGUGGUGCAGCAUCAAUUCAACCAACAGAAUGACUGAAUCUGGAUGGCAAUUUGUGAUAUGCACUUUCUCAAGAACAUGCCAUCAUUUAGGCAGUAUGUUUCAAUAGGAAAUCCUUUCUCAGACUGUUACCACACAGGGCAUCGGUCAUUCAUACUUUCACUUGAUUUACACUAACGGGGAGCUGCAUGCCAUUCAUCCUGGCAUUAUAAGCUAGCUGUUACUACUGUAAGGAUGAUUACAAAUGUUGUCGGUCACUUCUCUUCAUGUCAUGUAUCAUGUAUUUGAUUCCCAUGUUACUCCAUGUUCAUCCUGUCUUUUGCCAUCUGCUGAUAUGAAAAGUAUGGUUCAGUGUGUUAUGGGUAAAAACGUUCUGCCAUGUCUGGUUUGCUUAAGUAAGCAUGAUAUUGCAAAGGGGGUAUGCAAGGUCCAUGCAUGCCUCUUGUCACAGUAGAAAGUUAUAACUAUAUUAUAUUGGUUUGUGUUUUAGUAGACUGUACUGAAGCUCGAUACACAAUCAUAAUAUACACUAGCAAUGUAACUCAACCACAAACAUAAGCAUUUUUAAAGGAUGUCUGUAAAGCUAUUCCUUUCUGGCAACAUAUUUUGCUCUCUGUCCAACACUAACAUAGUUCUCAGUGUUUCUUCCAUCUAUUCUGGAUGCUUUGUCAUUCUGUUGGUCAUAUUCAGAGUAAGGGAGUAGAUGCAGAAGUAGAUUAAAAGGGAUCAUUGCUCCUUUUGCACUGGAUGCCAUAAUGCAUCUAUAAGGCCCUACCACAUCUGUCAAACAUGUACAGUACAUCUAUGUUAUUUUGAUGAAGGCAUGAAACUAUGUCAACAGUGCACUGCUAUUUAUAGACAAUCAACUUAUGUCUAAAUGAAAGUGUGAAUGUGGAAAAAGAGUUAAGAACCGUUAAGCUUGUGGAUUUUGAGGUGUCUUAUAAACACUGUCUCUGAAUGUGCUGUGCAGUAAAACAGCAAUUUAUUCAGCCAGAACAUUGUUGGUUUAUUUAGAAGGCAUUGUUCAAUGGGAAUUCUUCCCUCGUGCAUGAGACACAGUAACCUCUAAUACCAUUCUGAUCAGGAUAGGAAGUCUCAGACUUAAUGCCAUUAGAUGUUAAUUGGAGCAAUACCUUUUUAGUUGAAUUGUUUUAAAAGUUAGAUUUCUAUGUUUUCUUCAGUAUUGACAGCUAUCUUUACAAUACACUAAAAUGUUCUCAGGAAAUGGACAUUCAGUUUGCAUCUUUUUUUAUAUAAAUAUAUUUUCUUCAAUUUCUGAAUAUUUGUGUUUAUUUAAACCAAUGUUAUAUUACACAUUUUUGUAUUUCAGUUCAUUCUUUUUCCAAUUUGUAUCACUGUAUUUGAUAUUAAUUGCAGUUAAAACUACUAAAUAUGAAGAGAAACACUUACUUUCAACUACUCCACAUUAUUUGUGAUAAUGCAUUUUUGCUGUGUUGUUUUAAAUUCCCAAUGUUUUUCUUUUCUUUCAGUAGUGUGGCAAAGACUAAGGAUGUGUUCAGCUGUGUGAGACUGUCAAAUUAAGAAUGCCCGCUAUUCAAUUCAUAUUUUUUUUCUGUUUUGGAGAUACAAACCAGCCCAAAUAUCCCCAUAUGUUCAGAUCUGACAGUAUUUUAGAAAUCCAUAGCAGUAUUAGUUUGUUGCCAAAAAGUAUUCCAACCCUUUAUAGGAGAUCAGCGUUAUAUUUCAAUCACAUGACUGAUGUGAGCUGUCUGUCAGUAUACCACAGAGGCGUCAAGCCUUAACCCCACUCCCUGUCACCCCUACCA